AUGGGAGACAACCUCUUCCUUGGUCAGAGAUCCAUAACGGAUACUGACAUCUUUCCUCACACAUCUCCAUCUUUGCCACAAAAACUCUGUUCCCCAAGGAGGCUUGAGGCUGACUUGGAAGAGGUGGUGGCGGCAGUGCAGUUCUCUCUGGAUCUUAACGUGGGUGCUAAACCUAGGGGAAACACCCCUCCUCAGCUGAAUAAAGGGAAUGGGCUUAUUUGCUUGGGCUCAGAAGAAGAGACGGGCUUUGCGGGCCAAACACACAAUUAUGGAAGCCCACAUUAUAUGAUGGAGGAACAACAACCAUUAUCCAUUGUUCAAGAAGCCCAACUGAACUAUGAAAGGGAGCUUGGACGGGCUGAAAAGAAGAGGAAACAAGAGUGGCUUCUCAAUCUGGCAGGAGGCCCUAGUGGAGAGUGUUUGCAUUCUAACUUGUCCAAAUCUUUUCUGUUUAGUCCAGGGUCAAAAGGUAACGGAGCUAGAGAUAAAAGGAAAAAGAUUGGAGCAAAGAAGAGAACGAGGGCAGGAGUUCCGACUGAAACUCAAGAAGCAGGGGAUAAGAACUACUCCUCCUCUGAGGCGGCGGUGGUUAGCCUUAAUCCACCUAAUCCAGAAUGA